AUGAUGGCUAAAACUUUUGUCCCUGGUCCAAAAUUAAAUCUUGAUAGUAAUAGAAACUACAACAAUGAAGAUAACAUGCCCAGUGAAAUUCUGAAGGUACUAUUGAUAGUACUGAUAACCUGUUUUGUGAUGCCUGUUUUUGCUGCUUCUCAGCCUUGCCAGACCCCCGAUGACUUUGUGGCUGCCACUUCUUCAGGACACAUCAUGAUUGGAGGUUUGCCAUUCACAAAAAAAAUGCUGUCCUCAGAAGUACCCAGAAGGCCAGAAAUCCAGAAGUGUGCCAGCUUUGAAAUAUCAACUUUUCUUCAAACUCUUGCCAUGAUACACAGCAUUGAGAUGAUCAAUAAUUCAACACUAUUGUCUGGAAUCAAACUAGGGUACAAAAUCUAUGACACGUGUACAGACAUCACAGAGGCGAUGGCAGCUGCUCUGAGGUGUGUUUCUAAGUUCAACAGCUCCACAGAAAUCGUGGAGUUUGAGUGUGACUAUUCCAACCUCAUGCCAAGGGUUAAGGCUGUCAUAGGUGCUGGCUACUCAGAAAUAACCAUGGCUGUCUCCCGGAUGUUGAGUUUACAGCUCAUGGCCACAGGUGGUUACGAAUCUACUGCAGAAACCCUAAGUGACAAAAUUCAGUUUCCAUUUUUAUGGACAGUGCCCAGUGACUUCUACCAAACUAAAGCAAUGGCCCACCUGAAUCAGAAAUCUAGACGGAAUUGGAUUGGCAUCCUAACCACAGAUGAUGGCUAUGCUCUCAACACUUUUGCAGUUCAAAUGGCAGCAAAUAAUGUGUGCAUAGCCUUCAGAGAAGCUCUCCCAGCCUUCCUCUCAGAUACUACCAUUGAAGUCAGGAUCAAUCAGACACUUGAGAGAAUCAUAGCAGAAGCUGAGUUACUUGCUGUACUGAAAAAUGUCACAUUCAUGGAGGGCUGGAGUUCAUUUCAUUCUGAUGCUCAUGGAGCUAUGAAUACUGGAUACAAUAUUGUGCUCUGGAGGGAGAUCAAUGGCCACAUGACUGUUAGGAUGACACAAUAUGACCUGAAGAAUGAUGUCUUCAUUGUCACAAAUCAAGAAACAAAAAAUGAGCACAGGAAUCUUGAGAAAAUUCAAUCUAAAUUCUCCAAGGAAUGAAGUCCUGGGCAAAUGAAGAAAACCACAAAAAGUCAAGAUAUUUGCUGCUGUGAAUGUGUGACCUGUCCUGAAAAUCACUAUAGUGAUCAGACAGAUACGGAUCAUUGCCUUUUAUGCAACAACGAAACUCACUGGGCCCCUGUAGGGAGCACAAUGUGCUUUGAAAAGGAAAUGGAGUACCUUGACUCCUUGGCUAUCUUGCUCCUGGCCCUCUCUCUGCUGGGAAUCCUGUUUGUUCUGGCCAUUGGCAUAAUAUUUACAAGAAACCUGAACACACCCGUUGUGAAAUCAUCCGGGGAACUGAUGGUCUGCUACGUAAUCCUCUUCUGUCCUUUCCUCCACUUUGCCGGCACAGGCUUUUUCAUUAGAGAACCACAAAGCUUCACGGGUAAAACCAGGCAGACACUAUUUGGCAUGAGCUUUACUCUCUGCAUCGCCUACAUUCUGAUGAAGUCCCUGAAAAUUCUGCUGGCCUUCAGCUGUGAUCCCAAGCUGCAGAACGUCCUGAAGUGCUGCUAUAAACCCAUCCCCAUCAUUUUCACUUGCACGGGCAUCCUGGUUGUCGUUUGCACCCUCUAGCUCAUCCUUGCAGCCCUUGCUGUGGGACAGAAUGUCCCCUUGCCCAGAGUCAUUAUCUCUGAAUGUGAGGAGGGGUCCAUUCUUGCAUUUGGCUCCAUGCUGGGCUAUACCGCCAUCCCGGCCUUCAUGUGCUUCAUUCGUGCCUUCAAAGGCAGGAAAUUACCUGAGAAUUACAAUGAGGCCAAAUGCAUAACAUUUGGCAUGCUCAUUUGCUUCAUAGCUUGGAUCACCUUCAUCCCCAUCUACACGUUUGGCAAAUAUAUGCUGGUUGUGGAGAUCAUCAUUAUUUUAAUAUCUAACUACAGGAUCCUAUGUUGCAUGUUCUUCCCCAAAUGCUAUGUUACACUUUCUAAGCAAGAGACUAACACAAAAUCUGUCUUUCUCAAGAUGAUUUACAGUUACUCUUCCCACAGUGCAGGCAGCCUUGCCAUGAGCCAUAACAACGUCACAAUAAGCAACCCCAGCUCUGCUGGUGGGUCUGCAAUCCAGUAGAAAAGCAGAGAUCUUCAGGUACGAGGCUUUGCACACAUAUGCAGAGAAAAUGCUACAUGCAGAUCUAAAGCUUUGCCUCAAAAAAAAUAUGAAUGA